AUGCCGCCCAACACCACCAACCCCGGCGCCGGCGGCGCCAACCCCGCGCCUCUCUACAAGGAAAAGACCAACGCCAUCGCUGCCCUCAUGUCCCGGCACACCUCGUCCUCCUUGUCCUUCCUCUCUUCACUGCCCUCCAGGAACACGGGCUCCUUCACGGCCCUCAAGAAGACCCCGGCGCAGCUGGCCGCCGAGCGCGAGGACUACGAGCUCGACCGCCUGGUGCAGUACGACGACAACAUGGGCGUGGGCAUGUUUGCGCCCGAGAACCGGAAGGAGAAGGAGGAGAAGCGCCAGAGGGAGCUCGAGGACCGGAAGCUGAAGGCGCGGCUGGGGUUGAAGAGCAAGAGGAAGGGGAGCGAGUGGGAGGGCGCGAGUGGAGUCGCCAGGGCGCGGGAACAGGAGAGCGACGACGAGGAGCUGGGACGGAGUGCUGUGGGCAGGGCCAAGAAGAGGAUGCGGAUCACCAGCCCGCCAGAUGUCGACACGGACAAGCCAGCAGCGGACCAUCAGCACGAGAAUACGCAUGCCGACGUGGCGCCGCACAAAGACGGCGAAGGGAGAGGAGACGAGAUCGACAAGGCUGGACAAGCUGCAGACGAGACUGCCGGGGCAGGGCCCGGCGCAGAGGUCGAUGUGAACGACAAUUCAAAUACGGAGGCGAGAACCAAGAGUAUACGCAAGAAGAGAAAGAAGAACAAGCCACUAGCCCAGGGCGCGAACCGAGACGGUGGUUGA